AUGGCUUCUAUCAUCAACGUCAACCGCCCUAAAAGGUUCUCAGGACCCCGUCCCCGUGCCUGCAAGUACUUCUCAAAAGGUCAAUGCACCCGCGGCAACUCUUGCCAGUACUACCACGAAACUCCAUCAACAAACAGCUCCCCCGGUCUCCGGACAAUUGAAAUAGACCUUUCCGAUCUAGAGUCUCUCAACUCCGCUGAGCUUGAAGCCUUCAAUCUCGAAGAUGAUGGUCCUAUCAGUCUCUCAGAAUUACACCCAGAGUCAAUAGCCUACAAAAAAUACCAACACCCACCAACGCUGUCGACCCAGAUCCUAAACUUUAAGGAUCAAAAGUCCUACAGCAAAUCCCGUUUGACUCCGGCAUACACACAUCUUCAAUUCGGUUCUGGGUUUCAAGUUACAGAUAGUCAUAUUCAAGACCUUCUUUCUUGCCCAUCUAUGUUGAAAUCUUUGGAAGUUUUUGUGAUAAAGGGCGUUGAUGGGAGUAUCACCACUACUGGGAAAGGGAAGAAAAAGAAGAAGAUAGUAAUAGAUCCAAAACCAAUUGAGAUCUCGAAUGAACCCCUGAUUACUGUCAUUCGACAAUUGCGCUGUUUGAGGGUACUUCAUCUAAUUGGGUGUACUAAGCUUGACGAUUAUGUUUUCAAAGCUAUCGCUCAAAGCUGUCCAGACCUCAUGGAGCUAAAGCUAACUGGCACGCCAACCCACCCAGGCAACCUCACAGCUGCCAGCCCCGUCUAUAUCGUUACAAAGGGCCCUGCCUAUCUCCCCUCCAUCCGCCAAAUCCACCUUCAAAAUCAGGCCAUUCACUCCGAAGGCAUAACACUACUAUCCGAUGCCCGACCACUCGCCAACAUUCUCGAGGGCGUCCAAUCCACCCUCCCAAACAAGGGGGCCGGUUUGACCCUCACCAGUCUAGAAGGUAUCAGGGUUCACCACAGCAGUUAUGUUGUGGCCCUGGGGGAGAAGAAACUCAAGUUCAAGGAGUGCUUCGCCCCGAAUUGGGAUGUAAACAAGGGCGAGCAGCCGAAUGAGGAGGCUAUCGAGAAGUUGUUGGCGGGGGCCAAGGAGCUCCCGGGUUUCUGGGGGGAACUCGAAGAGUCCGCAAAAGAGGCGAAGGUCAAGAGAGGGGAGGGAGGGGCAGAAUGGGGGGCUGACGACCACUCAGAGGAGGGGGAAGGGGAAGACGGUAUCCACCAUGUGGAGAUCGUCAAGGGUGGGGAGUCCGAGAGCCAAAAGCUCUCGGAUAACCUCAUCCUCGAUCUCACGGAUGCAAUUAAAAGAUUGCAUCGGGAUAUCGCAGAUCUUGUCUAG